AACCUAGAUAAAUAUCUAUAUAUUUUAAAAUAUUUUUAAAUAAUUUAUAAAAAUGUAAAAACCAAUUCCGCAUAGGUGCGUAAAUUAAGCUCUUGUUCUUUUAUCAAUUUUGUGUACUUUUGAUGAUAAUGAUGAUAACAAAUUAGACUUAUUAUUCAUAAUUUUUUUUUGAAACAUAUUAUUCAUAAAUUUAUAAAAAAUAAUGCUUGAUACAAGUUCAAUAUAACAAAGUUCAAACAUUUACACUUCUAAUAUCAUAUAAUUUCAAACACAAUAUACAUAAGUUUAAACACAUUUUAACAAAAUUCUUCUGCAUCAGCAUUAUAUAGUAAACUUUUGUAAUAGAACCAAUCUACAAAAAUGACACUAAAACACAAAACAUCAUCUUCAAAAACUUUACUAGAUCAGACUUCUUUGAGAAGUUUGCUCUCAUUAGUUAAAUACAUAAAUAAAUAAGUAUAUUGCUAACUUCAUCAUUAUAUAUGAUAAAGUUAUAAAGUUCAUUUAGGAGGUCUGAAAUUGAUACACAUGAACAAAUAAGAAAUUUUCAAAAUUAGUUUUAAAUUUGGAGAAAACAUAAGUUUCUUAAAAUUAACGUAGAAGAUUCCUUGAGAAGUUUACUCACAACAAACUUCUUUAGAAAUCUCAUUUUGCGUUAUUUCUGCAAUUACAAGUUCAAGAAUGAAGAAUUCUCAAGAAAUAUGCUCUAUUAGCAGACUUUUUGAGAAGUCUUGUUUUGUAUAUAUUAUUGGGUUAGUUUUGUAUUUAGAUAAAUUUUUGAUUUUACUAGAGUAAACUUCUUUAAAAGUCUUCUCUGGUAAUAAAAUUAGAUCAAAAGUUUGCAAAAUUCUAACUUUUUGUCUUAUUACGUCACACGAAGUCUCCGAAAUGUUGUAAGAAAUCUACAUAGAUUAGUUAUGCAAUUGUCCAUAUUUGAUUUUAUAAGAUAAAACGUUUAGAAAAUAUUUUAUUAUUCUUUUGUCAAUUACAAAACUGAUAUGAGCUGAUUUUUUGUGACACCUUAUAAACGUCUUCUCAUCUGGGAGGAGACUUCUUUGCAAGUUUACUAUGAAAAGUGGAAUAUCUGCAAAAUUUUGGUCAAAAACAAAAUUAACCUCGUUUUAACAUAGAUUUUUGGGAAACUUACUCGAUUUUUUUGUUUGAUGAGAAGUCUUCGAUGUGAAAAAUUCAUAUAUAAUACAUAAAUCUAGUGAGAGGUCGUAUUUAGCUUCUUUAAGUACCCAAAUCCCCUUAUUAUUAAAAAGGAAGCAAAAAAACAGAGUAACCUCGAAAUGGUAAUAUAUUUACAGGCUUGCCAUUAUGGCGACGUGUCAGACAGAUAGAGCUUCUCAGACCCCUUUGGAAAACAGCCACACUCACCCUAGCAAUUUACUAUUAUUGCCAUUGGACAGACAUUUGAUAUAUGCAUCUCUCGACUAUUAAGCUCAUUUAGUCAAUGCUGUGUAUAAUUCAUAUAACAUUAGUUGAUAAUGUUCUUCUAUAUUAAUUUGGAAUAAUCGCUGACCAAGUUGAACUCUAUCACACAUAUCAUCUACUAUCACCAUUGUGCUUAAUCAAACUAUGUCCGUUUGAUAUCCUCUGUUUCAUGCUCAUCAGUUUCUAUGAUCAUUUCCAAGGAUUUAAAACACAAAAAGUUAAAUACGUUUAUUAAGAUAGAAUCAUAAACAAAUAUAUGACCAGUUCAAUUUGCUGGAAAUUUUUUGGAGUUUUAUUGUAUUCUAAAUAGUCUUUGUAAAAUUGGAGAAACCUUUUUUUUUAAUAUUCAAAUGUUAUUAUGAUCAUAAAUGCAAAGUUACAAAAAAAUGUUUUAAUUUUAACAUGUUUUCCGUGGCCAGUCUUUAUUUUUUGAGUAAAAUAAAACUCCAAAAAUGUUAAAUCAUAAUUUUGUCAAAUGUUCAUGUAUAAUAUUUACUUCAUCUCAUCAAUUCAAAAUCGUAAAUGGGAAGAUUAUGAUCUUUCAAAUAGUAUAAAACGAAUAAGAUUUAGGAUACAAAUGAGUGCUGUUUUUGUAAUAUGGUGAUCUCAAACGUGAAUUAAGGUAUUUAUUUUGGUCAAUAUCAUAUUGUAUAUGGAAAUACUGGAUUGCAAUCACGCAUAAUUUUGAAUUUAUGUAAUAAGUGCUGAUUGCCGUGAAUAAUAUUAUUUUCAAUAAUAGAAAAUCACAAACGGAAUCCUUGAUUUUCAAGUUUAAUAAUAACCUAAAAUAGUCUUCUGUGGUAUCUAUUAAUUUCCAAAAACAAAACAUUACAAUAUAUUUUAACUGACAAAUUGCCAAUUAGUUUGAUCAAGAAUAUAUUUUGGGUAAUAUCGCAUUUAUGCGGAAAUAAAUGAAACUAUUAUAAAUAUGGAAGAUGGUAUUGCUUCAACGAUAUCGUGUUCUCUCUAUUUCUUAAGCUCUAAUUUUCUGUGACUAUCGAUUCUAAUGGCAGGUUUGGACUUUGUUAGCGAUUUGAAGCCGUUCAAGUCGAUGUGGAAAAUUCGUGUUAAGGUGAUUCGUCUUUGGAAGCAAUAUACUUGUGCUCUGGGAGAAACAAUGGAAAUGGUGUUAGCUGAUUCAAAAGUAAGCACGCUGUUGACAACAUAUAUAUUUGAUCAUUUUGAAACUCUUCUUAUGUUGCUAAUUUAUCUUGCAGGGCGAUAUGAUCCAUGCUACUGUGAAGAAAGAAUUGGUCAGCCAGUUCGUGACCUUAAUCAGUCAAGGUGAAUCGAAGUUGAUGGUGAAUUUCAUCGUCACAAUGGCUGCUGGAUCUUAUCGCCCCACAAAGCACCCUUACCGAAUUGUGUUCCUCCCGACGACUCGACUAAGAAUGUGUGAUGCUUUGCCUUCAAACUUGACUGGUUUAGACCCGGUCAAGUUUGAGUCUAUUAAGGAUGGUAGUCAGAACACGGACUACUUGGUUGAUGUUAUCGGACAGAUUGUUGAGGUUUCCCAUGUGGAAGUUGUUUCUGUGAAUGGAAAAGAUACCCAGAAGCUGUCACUGGAAUUAAGGAACCAGGAUGAUGAUCGUCUGCCGAUGGUGCUAUGGGGUAAAUUUGCGACAGAUGUCAAUGAUGCUAUCCAGCUAAGAGGUGAACAUAAGAUCAUCGUAGUGUUGCGUUUCGGCAAAAUAAAAGUCUGGAAAGAUGAACGUUCCAUCUCGAAUGCAUACAAUGUUUCCGAUGUUGCUUUGAAUCCUAAUUUGGAGGAGGUUCAGACGUUUAUUGAAUUGUUACCUAAGGAUGAUAUGGCCUUGGCCAUUGUUGACCCUAAGCCUCUUGCAUUAACUAAUGGUGUUUCUGACAAGGAUGAUUUCUUUAUCCAUACUCCACGGAAAAGCAUUGCUGAUGUGAAGGCUUCAAGACAGGUAUGCAUUUUUUUAGAUCUUGGAUAUCUUUACACUUUAGAAAACCACCGUUUAUGAUAUCAUAUCGUUUAUGUAUCAGGUGGAGAAGUGCGUUGUUAUGUGCACUAUUGCCGGGAUUGAUUCAGACAUGGGGUGGUUCUAUCUGAGCUGCAAGGUGUGUUCAAAGAAAGUGCUCACAGUGCCCAGCGAGUCUGAGGAUGAUGGACUCGAUUUGUUCAAGCACAAUUACUUUUGUGUGAAAUGCAAUCAGCACGACCCCCGACUUAUUCCUAGGUUACUAAUAUGAAAUUUUGAAUAUUAUACUUGAUUUAUUUAUUUGAAUUACUUUAGUUUUAAGUAAGUUAAACUUUUAUGUUCCAGGUAUAAGUUGCAUGUGGUUGUACUCGAUCAUACAAGUGACACUAAGUUCCUACUGUUUGAUAACCUAGCACUUCAGCUCUUACAUCAGCCUUGCAUUGAGCUGACUGGACCCAUAACCGAUGAGGAGGUUCAAGAACCGUAUCUUUUGCCGGCUGCUAUCAACAAUUUGGUUGGUAAAACCUUUCUCUUCAAGAUACAGAUCGAGCGGGAAAACUAUCUGUACAAGCAUGAAACUUACAAGGUGUUGAAGAUUAUCACUAACACUGAUAUGAUUUCUCAGUUUGACCUGACUCAAUCCCCAACGGGAAGUGAAACUUUCAAAGCUAUUGAUAACAGUAUUGUUUCUGAUGCACCAGAGGGUUCGAUGAUGUUGCGUGGCUGUUCAUCUCAGCAGUCUGACUCAACGAGUCUAACUCCAGCUAAAAGAAUUGGGGCACCGGUUAUCAAUCUGGAUGAAACAUUUGACCAGACUUCUGUUACGCGCACUAAUUGUCCAGUGAAGAUCAAGAAGGAGAAGAAAGAUAAAAGUGGCUAAAGCGGUUUAUUUGAAUUUUAAGAGAGUAGAGGUUUUAUUUUCUUCAAGAACUUGCAUGUUUUUCAGAUUUUUUUUGGGUUUUCUGUUUUGCUUCACUUUGUUUCAUUUUUAGUAACUGGGAUUUUUUCCCAGCUUGCGUGUUGUCUACCUUUAUUUAAUAUAUGUACCCUCUACUCUCAUUUUAAUUAUGUUUCAACCUCUUUUUAUGUUUUUCUAUAUAUGCAACUAAUAUUCCUUCCGUGAGUAGUUUGAUUUUGAUCAAACUUAAAGUUUCAAAUAACACAGCAUAAACUCGGUUGCUUUAAGAGUUGAGAAAAUUAAAUUUUGUUACCUUGCAAACUUGGAUUCGUGUAUAAUUUCUAUAUAUUUUGUCAGAAGUCUAGAUUCUCCUUAUUUAUUACUAACAUAGUUUCUAAUAUAAAUCAAGGAUGGUGAAUUCAUGCUAAGGGUAUUUUUUUAAAAUUUAGUAGGUUGACGUAGAUUGUUCAACCUACUAGGAUAUUAUACCAAAUCGUGUAACUAUUAAUUUAAAGUUAUAAACUGUAAAUAAAAUUUUAAAUAAAUGUUCUGUGUCUUACCCUUUCGCGAGAUAUGAACAAUGAGUGCUACGUUCUUCCAAAUAAUAAUUUGGAACGUUCUAUGGACUUUAUACACCGAACUGACAUUUUAAAUGGAAUCGUUAACAAAUAUAUGAACUGUUAAAGGGUAGAGAUGUUUUUCACAAUUAUGAUUCUAAAUAUCACAUGUAAAAUUGGAGAAAGCUCUUUUUUGUUUUUGGUGAUGUUAUUAUGAUCCUUUUUAAUUACAGGUACAAACAAAAUGAUAUUUGAUUUCAAAAUAAUUUUAUUAGUCAGUCCAAAAUACUUGAAUAAAAUAAGUAUUACCGGAAUUUAAAAUCAUUAUUUCCAUAUAUCAAAAUGUAUAAUAUUUACUUCAUCUCAUCAAUUCAAAAUCGUAAAUUGGAAGAUUAUGAUCUUUCAAUUAAUAUCAACCGAAUAAGAUUUAGGAUACAAAUGAGUGCUGUUUUUGUAAUAUGGUGAUCUCAAACGUGAAUUAAGGUAUUUAUUUUGAUCUAUAUCAUAUUGUAUAUGGAAAUACUGGAUUGCAAUCACGCAUAAUUUUGAAUUUAUGUAAUUAGUGAUGAUUGCCGUGAAUAAUAUUAUUUUCACAGUCAAGGAAAUCACUACCGGAAUCCUUGAUUUGCAAGUUUAAUAAUAACCUUAAAUAGUCUUCUGUGGUAUCUAUUAACUUCCAUAAACAAAACAUUUCAAUAUAUUUUAACUUGAAAAUUUCCUAUUAGUUUUAUCAAGCAUAUAUUUUGUGUAAUAUCGCAUUUAUGCGGAAAAAAAUGAAACUUAUAUAAAUAUGGAAGAUGGGAUUGCUUCAACGAUAUCGUGUUCUCUCUAAUUCUUAAGCUCUAAUUUUCUGUGACUAUCGAUUCUAAUGGCAGGUUUGGACUUUGUUAGCGAUUUGAAGCCGUUCAAGUCGAUGUGGAAAAUUCGUGUUAAGGUGAUUCGUCUUUGGAAGCAAUAUACUUGUGUUCUGGGAGAAACAAUGGAAAUGGUGUUAGCUGAUU